AUGUCAAACUCAAUGACCCAUCAAAAUCAAUUUGAGAACCAAGAUUUACUAGGUGGUGCUGCUGCUGGUGCCUAUGUUUCAUCUUCUUCUUUAAGGAACAACAAUGUAGUAUCCUAUUCUGAAACGUUUCAUCACAAUAUUGAACUCUCACAAGGCUCUGAAAUGAGUCAUACAAGACAUUUGAUGGAUCUACUUGGUGCUGCAAACGACAACAAUCACCAAACUCAACAAGGUUUAUCACUUUCUUUAGGCUCUCACAUGCUUGUUGUUCCUUCUCAUGAUUUCAGAAACCGUUCCUUAAAUCAAGGUCUUAUGAUUAACCCAAGUUACUUCAUGUCUGGUCAAGAGCAGUCACGUGAGUCUUGUAAUAAUCAUCCGCCUGUGGUGGAGAAUAAUCUAACAAGUGAUUAUUUUUACACUGGAAGUGGUGGAAAUUUUGGUUCAUCUUUGAACCGUUCUACUUCUACUUCUUAUGGAAACGAGAGCUUUGGUUCUGUUAUUGGAAACUCUAGAUAUCUUAAACCGGCUCAGUCACUCCUUGAAGAUCUUGUUGAUGUUGGUGGAAAUGUGAUUGAUAGAAUGAAUCAAAAGUAUGCUGAGAAAUUGUUUCAUGCAAGUAGAACUGGUGCUAGAACACUUUCCUCUGAGCUUAAAGCUGAGUUGAGGAUUCAUGGACAUUUGUUGGCCGAUAAACAUGAACAUCAAGUCAAAAUUGCAAAACUCAUUUCUUUGUUGGAUGAGGUUGAGAGUAGAUAUGAGAAAUACUAUCAUCAAAUGGAAGAAGUGGUGUCAUCUUUUGAAAUGAUAGCAGGUUUAGGGGCUGCCAAAUGUUACACUGCUUUAGCACUUCAAGCAAUGUCUAGACAUUUUUGCAGCUUAAGAGAUGCCAUAAUGUCACAAAUAAAUGUUGAGAAAAGAAAACUUUUUCAAGAUGUACCAAAAAUCAACAAUGGAUUAUCUCAACUUAGCUUAUUUGAGAGAGAUAGUAAUAAUAAUAACAACAACAACAACAGACAGAAUAGAGUGUCUCUUCAACAACUUGGAAUCAUUCAAAACCAAAGACAAAUUUGGAGACCCAUUAGAGGCUUACCUGAAACCUCUGUUGCAAUUCUUCGUGCUUGGUUAUUUGAGCACUUUCUUCAUCCGUAUCCUAAUGAUUCUGAGAAAUUAAUGUUGGCUUCCCAAACCGGUUUAACAAAAAACCAAGUGUCAAAUUGGUUCAUAAAUGCAAGGGUAAGGUUAUGGAAACCAAUGAUAGAAGAAAUGUACAAAGAAGAGUUUGGAGACUCAUCCGAAGACUCCAAUCCAGCAGCUAACAAUUACAUGUCAAGAGAAGAUGCAACAGACUGUGUGGAGGAUUAG